AUUAGGGCGCGUGAAAGGUUGACUUGGUUGGGUGAUAGUAUUAGAGAGUUUGGGCUGAAAUUUUCAAAUUUCUAUAGUUUAUCUUUGACCGAAAGUCGUAAUUAUUUUCCUAACAACGCGUAUUAAUUGUCGGUCUGAUUAUCUGGUUUAACCUUCAAUCUUUCUCUUCUAAUGGAUAGUGCAAAGCUUCGUUUUGCUGGUCUUUUUGCUCUUGUCAUUUACAUCCAAUUCGAACAUUGCAUUUCCCAGGUUAACCAUAUCUGUGCUCCUUCUUCUUGUGGUCAUCUGCACAACAUAAGCUUCCCUUUCCGAUUAAAAGGCGACCCAGAAAACUGCGGUUAUCGAUCAUAUGAAUUCUCUUGUGAGAACAACCUAACUUCUCUGUACUUGUAUUCUGGAAAAUACCUUGUACAAGCUAUUAACUACAACAACGCCACUCUCAGAGUCGUCGAUUUUACGGUUAAGUACGAUAAUUGCUCUUCUCUCCCUAGAUAUUCUUUGACUGGAGCCAACUUCAGCUUUUGGGAUCCGUAUGACUGGAGAUGGAAUUCGCUGAGGUGGGAUCGGAAUGGCAGAGAACCAAAGAUUAUUGUUUUCUUCAAGUGUUCAAAGCCGGUGAAUUCUCCUCUUUAUGUUGACACUGCUCCUUGCAUUAAUGGAAAUUACUCUUAUGUUAUGGAUAACUUUAGCAGCAUAACGGAUGUGGAAAACUCCUGCAGAGUAGACUUGAUGGUUUUGUCGUUGUUGCCUCCAAGGGUUGGCGAAAACGUUUCAUAUACGGACAUCUACAGUGAUCUUGCAUAUGGGUUUGAACUUUCUUGGCACUUAGUUAUCUGUGAAAUGUGCAGAGGAAAAGAAUAUUGCUUUCUUGAAAAUGGCCUGGCUAGGCCUACAGGCUGCUCAACAGUCGCAAAGUAUUUCAGGGACUUAACAGUCUGGAUCAUAUCAAACGUGAACUUGAUACUGGCGAUCAUUGGAAUCCUCAUUCUAGCAAGAUCUAUUUCCUGCACCCCGUGUGUGAUGGCAUUCUUGAUCUACACAUGGUCAAGGAGGCAUUCAUCGAUGUACAAAAAUAUUGAAGAAUUCCUGCAAAAUAAGAACAACCUUGGCCCAGUAAGGUACUCUUACUCAGAUGUUAGGAAAAUGACCAACGGUUUUAAGGAUAAGUUGGGUCAAGGUGGCUAUGGCUCUGUGUAUAAAGGAAAGCUUCGCAGUGGCCGUUUUGCAGCAAUAAAAAUGCUAGGUAAGGCCAAAGGAAAUGGCCAAGAAUUUAUCAAUGAAGUUGCAUCCAUUGGUCAGGUUCACCAUGUUAAUGUAGUGCAGUUAAUCGGUUUUUGUGCUGAUGGAUCAAAACGUGCUCUUGUUUAUGAUUACAUGCCAAAUGGGUCUCUUGAUAAAUACGUUCUGUCUCGAGAAGGGAAUACUCAUUUGAGUUGGAAACAAAUGCAUGAGAUAUCCCUCGGAGUGGCUCGUGGAAUUGAUUAUCUACACCGCGGUUGUGAGAUGCAAAUUCUGCAUUUCGACAUUAAACCUCAUAACAUUCUUCUUGAUGAGAAUUUUGUUCCCAAGGUUUCUGAUUUUGGACUUGCUAAACUUCAUAAAACAAGUGACAGCACAGUGGCCCUGACUGCAGCAAGAGGAACAAUAGGAUAUAUAGCACCAGAAUUGUUUUACAGAAACAUAGGUGGCGUUACAUACAAGGCUGAUGUUUAUAGUUUUGGAAUGUUGUUAAUGGAAAUGGUUGGAAAGAAGAAGAAUUUGAAUGCAGUGGCAGAAAAUUCCAGCCAAGCCUACUUCCCCAACUGGGUCUACAAUGAAGUCAUUGAUGGAAAUGUUGCAAUUAGAAAUGCUUCAGAGGAAGAAGAAAAAAUAGCUAAGAAAAUUAUAAUGGUAGGUUUAUGGUGUAUACAAAUGAAGCCUAAUGAUCGUCCUUCAAUGAAUAAAGUUGUGGAGAUGCUUGAAGGAGAUUUGGAAAGUCUAGAGGUACCUCCCAAACCUACUCUAUAUACAGAAGAAACACCAGUGAAGACCAGAGAAGAUUAUACAGAUGAGACAUGGUCAUCUUCUUGGACACCUGAUUCUUCUGAAUCAAUCAGUUUACUUGUAAAUUCAAAUUUGAUUAUUUAUCCUUGAAAUUGUUUGCUCAAGAAGAGGGUUGUUUUGGAUUAGGUUUAACGAUCAUGUUUCUGAAAGAACUUCCAUGUAGUCUUCUUCCAUAUGCCAAAAAGUUUUAAAAUUUUUUUUUCUUCCAA